UUGCACAACGGAGAAAGAAAAACGAUCAUGAAAAUCACUUUCUAAAUAAAGAAAUACAUUAUAAAAUAAGAAAUAUAGAAAAGUGUCUCUUACAAAUCCAAACGGUGUACAAAUUUAUCAUUUAUUUUUAAGAUUAACGUUUUUAAAAGACCGUAACGCUUUGACAGGUAGAGUUUCCGUUGAAUUGGCAAUUUAUAGUUUUUCAAAAUGUACUGAUAUCCAUUAGAACUCUUGGCGAGACUGAAAAAAUUCUAAUCAAGUAUUGCGAGCCAAAUGCAAGAAUAUGGUGGUGACAAAACAAAUGACCAUCGCGAAGCCGCAGACGGGAGAGAAAGAAGUCAAGACAACUUUCAUGGGAAACAGUACGCCGUGAUACAGAAGAGCUAUGGUUCAAAAGAAACUGAGCAAAGUAAGGCAACGUAUGGGCGAGUAACUUCUGGCAUUUACGAAUCGUCGACUCAGCAAUAUCAAAGCGCACGGUAUAAUAACUCUUCCGUGCCUACAUUUAGCUCCCCACCCAAUUCUCCGUUAGUGGGCGUGGUUUUUAGCCCCUCAUCUCCAAACUACAGCCGAUCAACAAUGACAGAUCAUCUCAACGCAGACAGACGAUCGCAAAGUUCAUGGUCUAUCUCUAAUCAAGAACCUAUCGGUACUGGUGCUAAAAAGAAAAUAGUAAAGAGUCACGAAAAGCGAAAUGCUUAUAGCGCCGAUCCAAGAUACCAUGAGAGAUAUAAAGACUCCAGUACUGAAACUGAACCUAGCCGGAAACAAGAUCGAAAUCUGAGAGCUGAUUCAACAACAAGCCUAGAUUUCUUUGCCGAAGGUGAGAGGAUGGUAUCAGAACUAUGUAACAUAGCUGAUACGAAAAAUGAAAAGAUAACACAAAAGACAAACCAACCUGAUGACGAUAAGAAUAAAUCGGCUGGUUCUUCGGAAGUUCUGCUGACAGCUUUAGACAAAAUUAUUAUUCACGACCAAAUACCUAACCAAAUCGUGCAACUAGCGAUCGAAGCUUGUACUGACGCUGAAAAUAUAGCUAUUGCUCAUCAUAAUCGACCUUGCUUUAAAAAUAUCCAUUCGAUUUGUGCAAAAACUCGCUCGAAUGUGCAAAAGCCGGACAGUGCAGUAGCAAACUUACAUUCUCAAGGCAUUCCCUGGGUAAUUAAAAACUUUAUAUUUUCAUUCGUUAGAAUAUUGGAUGGAUGGAAGGGUGUCAAAGAAUUGCUAAGUGAAAAGCACGAUACAUUCUCUAGAAUUGAAAACAAAUAUUACAGUCCUAAUAUUAGAGAAUGCUUUGUACAGUGGCAGGCUAUUACUAAAGAAAUGUUAACGCAUAUUUAUAAAACGUUUAAAUGCCUUGAUCAUGGAUUUACUAUGGAGCAAAAAAGCUUCACACACAACUAUUAUGCUACAAAUUCUGCAGCUCCGCGGCACCAGAAUCAAAGUAAGUUUCAGCCAAUAAAAACACACGUGGGCACACCUCGACCAAUCAAUACUUCUCCACAGCCAUACAAUGUAGUACAACCGCCUUGGAUGCAGAAUCAAAGCCAAGCGCCAGUUCAGAGUUUCAAUGAAAGUCCAUGGCCAACUAGACCUAACGUCAGCUAUAAAAAAUUUCCUGUUGUACCACCACCGAACGCACAAAACUUUUAUCCAUUAAAUGAUCAAGCUGAUAUUGAUUAUCAAAAGGUGCAGUAUAAAUGCGAUCCGUACAAUGUGAGAGAAGCUAAGCCUCGUCAAUCGUGGACAAUAACAAACGUACAUGACUUUAGAUCACUCGAGAAUAUGUGUCAUGCAGAUCAAAGGGAACUGUACAACCAGCUCAGACAUAAAAUGGACGCUGAACUUGGUAAAGCUCCAGGACAACCUAUCUACGGUACAUUACCAUGUGAUAUGAUGCAAAGAAGAGAAAUGGAAUUAAAAGCAAAAAUGAUCCCGUUGAGUCAUGUAGAGAAAACUUUAAUACCCAGUAUGGCUACAGCAGCUGAAAUUAAGAAUUACGUUCAAAAAAAUAAUAGCUGCGGUGAUACAAAGGAUGACGCGGAUUUUUUUGCGGCAUGGGGUCAGAUGGUACAAAAAGAAUCUAACGACUUUUUAACUCAUCACACUCACAACAUUCAAAUUCCACCAAAUGUUGUGACGCUCCCAAGUAAUAUUUCUGGCCCCGUACAAUUUAUUGAUACUGAAAACGAUGAGUUCCAUGAGAUGUCAAAAGUUUAUAUGAAACCUGGAAGCUACAAAGUGCCAAUAAAACCGGCAGAUCCUUUAUUUCCAUUCAUACAAAACAAUUCUCAAGAUGUUAUAUAUGAAAAUAUAAUCGACGACGUGAAUUCUGUAAAACAUAAAAGCCAAUUCUCGCCUGUUACAUUGGCACCUCAACCAAAAUAUAAUUUAGAAUCUUGGCCUUGCUUAAUGUCUCGGCGUACUGAAGAUUUAUUAAAUGAAGAACAGAAAAUACGAAAUAUGAUCCCUUCCUUAGAAAUGAGAGGUAUCGAUUGUCUAGAUAUUUUAAAUUCAAUGACUUCUGACCGAGCCUGGGAAGCAGCAAAACAAUCGGCUCCAAAAUUAAUGGAUUUCUUGCACGAUGGGUGUAAAUCAGAUACAGCACGAUUAUAUGACGCAUUAGGUUUGUGUACAAUCGAUGAAUAUUCUAAUGAGACCAAACAGAUGCAAUCUCAUUUAGAAAGAAACGAUGCUUGGCCUUCUAACUCGUCAGCAAAUGAAUACAUGAAAGCGCAAACGUCUUUAUGGGAACACAAUACUGUAAAACAGGAAUAUAGUCAUAGCCAAAGCAUUUUUAAUGAAGACGUCUCAAAAUUUUCUGAUAUAGAACAAAAAGCAAGUGAAAUCAUGGAAGAAAGUUUAGAACAAAUUGAAAGCAAACCUGUUGAUACUAAGGAAGUAAAAUGUCCCAACUUUGAUCAAUCAGGGAAUCAUAUUAGAGAUGACAAUCAGAAAAGAAAUUGUACAACAAAAUCGAAGGUAGCUAUCUCCGGCAUGUGGUAUCAUCCAAAAAAGAAGAAGCCGUUGGCAGUUACCACUGUUAAAAAGUUUGAAAUAAUAUUGAACAAAUUAUCAGCAAUGAAUGAAGCUACAUUUAUCCAACAUGACAUGGAUAUAAAAACGGCCCCCAGGUUUUACGAAGUGGUGAAAUAUCCUAUGUGCUUGCAUGACAUAUUGACGAAGCUCAAACAUUCAUCCUAUACAGAAAUAGAUCAAGUUAUACAAGAUUUUAGACGCAUUUUCAAUAAUGUUAAGUUAUACUUGAAAAGCUAUCCGGAUACCACGAUGAAGAAAAAUGUGAGUAAGAUUGCAAUUGAAUUCGAAAAACUGUUGAAUGAGGAAUUUCCUAUUAAAAUGGAUACGAAAAAAUGCUUGGACACUGAAACUCAUACACCGGAUAACAAGAAAUCCGAAAAAGAAAAUGACUUGAAAUAUAAUUUGGAUGAUAAAAAUAAAACCAUAGACAUUAAACAAAAUGAAGACGAAAAGAAAAAGUAAAUUACUAAAUAGAGACAACCGUAUAAUUUCUCCGUGUAACUUUUGGUUUUAAAUUGAUUCAAAGCAUAUUGGGUAUUUCCGGUAAUUUUGGAAAGUAUUUUAAGUUUUAUUUCUAUAUGUUUAUUAAAAUAAAUUAAUAUUACACAGCUAAGCUUGUAAAUUUGUAAAGAUAAAUACAAUUAUUAUACAAUAUACAAAUCUAAUUAAUAAUUGUCUAAGAAAUAUCUAGUCAAAAUAACUAUUUUAUGUAAAUGUCAGUGUUGUUAUCAGAACUAGUAAUACAUAGGAUAUACUGUAACGAUUAAGUGCUUGCCAAUAUUUUUGAAAGGACUUUAUUAUCUCCUCAGAAAGGGGAAACUAGAUUUCAUUUCUCUAAUUGUUCUUCUCUUCUUUUCUUUCAUCAUUAGAUUUUAAUUUCGUUUUAUACUUAUUAUACUCAUCGUUGUUGUAUUUCAUUUAUUAUUCGUUCACAUCGUUAGAAUAAUUGAUUUCAACAGGAAAAUCAAAUUUAUGUUUCCUUUCAACAUUCUAGUUUUUUGCUUUAUGGUUCAUUCGUUCGAAAAUAAAAUAUCUUCUCUGCAAACCAACAAAUAUUUUUAUAUGUUUAUCUGUGAUGUAUAUUUAGGUAAAAGUUGGAUUUAAAUCACA